GUGGUCUGCCUGAUCACUGGCUGCUUACCAGCACGGCCAGGGAGGUGUUUCCCCAACUCCCAGCCCAGAGUGACCGUGAAGUAAGAAAACAGACACUGGACAGACAGACGGGGUUGAGAUGGAUGAGGAGGGAAUGAAUCAAAACGGCAGCAAGUCGCAAGGAGCAGGAGGCCAGGUGCCUGCAACGACUCCAGCAGAGGUGCUGAUGAGGGACUUCGUUUCAGACUGGUCUCCUUUACACGAUGCAUCUAUCCACGGGCGUCUGCUUGCUCUGAAGAAGCUCAUCAACCAGGGGAGUGAUGUUAAUCUUGUUACUGCAGACCAUGUGUCUCCUCUCCACGAAGCCUGCCUAGGUGGUCAUGCUGCUUGUGCCAGUUUCCUAUUAAAGCAUGGUGCUAAGGUGAAUGGGGUUACUGUUGACUGGCACACUCCUUUGUUCAGUGCUUGUGUCAGUGGCAGUGUGGCUUGUUUGAAUUUACUGCUGCAACAUGGGGCCAACCUGCACCCGCCCUGUGACUUGGCAUCCCCCAUCCAUGAAGCUGCUAAGAGAGGUCAUGUAGAAUGUGUUGAGCUCCUCACAUCCCAUGGGGUGAAUAUAGAUCACAACGUCAAGCAUCUGGGUACUCCACUUUAUGUAGCUUGUGAGAACCAGCAAGUGGACUGUGCCAGGAAGCUCCUUGAGUCAGGUGCAAACGUGAACAGCGGCAAGGGCCUGGAGUCCCCACUGCAUGCAGCAGCCAGGAGUUGCAGUGUAGAGCUGGUGAUGCUGCUGAUUGACUUUGGAGCAGACAUUUGGGCAAAGAAUGCUGAAAGCAAACGGCCAAUGGAGCUGGUUCCACCUGGCAGCCCUUUGGGUCGACUGUUCCUGCAGAAAGAAGGGCCGCUGUCCUUGAUGCAGCUCUGUCGCUUGUGCAUCAGGAGGUGCUUUGGACACAAGCAGCAUCAGAAAAUAACUGGCCUUCUCCUCCCUGAAGAGCUGAAACAUUUUCUUCUCCAUGUUUAAGCCUUUCAAGUACAAAAUGGUGCCUUAAUAGCACAGCAAGGUUUGUUGAAGAAAAAUUUCUCACCAGUAGCAUUGCCAACACCUGUAGUGUUAAUUUGUGAUAGCUACUGGUCCCUGGUGAAGCCCUGGGUCUGAGAAGCAUGGGAAUAACCAACAUGCUGAGUCCUCAACAUCACCCCCAGUCAAACAGUGACUUGAAAAGGAGCUAUUCUGCAUGGCCGUACUGUACAGCAUAGAAAUGUGUCUCAGGAGCCUCCUAGAAAGGGCGGGAAAUGAGCACCACCUUUUGAGACAGACCUCUUGAUUCUCUGAAUCCCAGCAGUUUCAGAGGGCUCAUGGCUGACAAAAAACUUACAAAGAAAGCACAUAUUCCAGCGCGGCAUGAGCAGCACUUUGUGUAUGUUUAAGGAUAGCUGCACUUUCUCAGCAAGCAGACUUAGUGCUGCCAUCUGUGAGGGCUGUAUCCGCACCACCAUAAAAGUAACGAAAGGGAACUCAACUGAACCCACUUGCAAAGUUGGACAACACAACUGCUGGAUGCAGGUGUCUGGUAUGAGAGGUUAAUUUUUGUGCUGAUCAGACACAGAAAGCAGUUCUGUUGGUCUGUGGGGCACUAAAUUGUACCCUAAUGGGACAAAAUGACAAGCACAGAUAGGUCCUUAAGUUCCCUUGUUACGGGAUAUGGACCCCUAGAAAUCUUCACUGACCUGACUCAGUUCAUCACACAUCUCAGCUAUAUAAACAUUCAUUGGCCGCUUUAAGAUGUCCAUCUCUACUCUUUCCCUCCUGUUGAAGGGGGAAAAUAGACAUUUGUCUUUAUAUUCUGAAAAAAAAAAAAAAAAAAAAAAAAAAGUUUAUUAUGGAUGGAUUCUUUUAAAGUCAGUAUCUUGCAUAAGCUGAAUCUCUGUUGAACAGGCAGGGAGCAGACAGCUAACCUAGUGCUUAACUUUUUGAAGAUUAAUGUUAAGCAUGAAGAAUCCCUGCUUUGGUGAUACAUCUGAAAGCGGAAAAUCCAUCUUACUACAUUUUAGAUCAAGAACUAUUUUUUUUUAACCUACUAUUUUUAUCAGUUACAUUUAAGCAUCUUAUUUUGUUACAUUAUCAGAGUAAUGUUAAUACCGGGAUAAAACUGAUCAGAGAAGGUGGUGAGAACAUUGCUUCUAGAUUGCUUUUCAUCUAGAAAUUUCAUACCUUAACUUUGCUUCCUUGAAUCCCUCAGAUCAUGCAUAAUUAGGAUGAAUUCUGUUUGCUCAGUUUGUAUCAUCUCAGUAUAUUUGCUUAUUUAUUUUAAUAUAAAUUACGAUCAACACUGGUGAAUUACAUCUUUAUGCAUCAACACUUAUCCAGUUAUAAACUGUAAAAGCUGUACAAGAUGCAAACCAAAUAAGCUAAAUACAGGUGAGGUUUGGAUGUUUUUCUGUAUUUGAAACCAAAUAUAAUGCAGGAUUUGAAAGACUGUCAUGAGUAUAUUUUAUCAGAUUUUUUGCUGUUAUUUUGCUGUCAGUUAAAUGGCUAUCAACACACAACUGUAUAGGAAAUUAGUUAAAAAAUAAAUGGUUUAUAUUCUG